AUGGCCGACGCAGAACCCCACCGUCAGAUGUCUCUCAUACCAUACACCUCCGACUCCCAGGAGAUUGUUUUUGCCUCUGGACCUCCUGGUGCAGAAUUCGUUGGUAGCGCACCUUCUCCUAGUAGCACAAACCAAGGCAUCAAGGACGACAGUUUCUUGCCAAACUAUUUCAAACACUUCUUCGUUGAGAAACGCGAGCUGGGUCGCGGAGGUCGUGGAGUCGUACUCCUGGUCGAGCACUUUCUAGACAAGGUGUCCCUUGGAGAGUUCGCCUGCAAAAGAAUUCCAGUCGGUAAUGAUCACGGCUGGCUGGAAAAGGUUCUGAUUGAGGUGCAAUUACUUCAAAGACUAACACAUCCAAACUUGGUGUCGUAUCAUCACGUCUGGUUGGAAGAUGCACAGAUCACCAAUUUUGGACCAAGCGUACCAUGCAUUUUCAUCCUACAGCAGUACUGUAACUCGGGAGAUCUCCACAACUAUGUCCUCGGCUCGACACAAACCACAAGUCCCACCGAAAUGUUGAAGGAACGUAUGAGAAGACGAUCAAAGGGACUUUCAGAGCGUCCAACGAAUCUGGGAGGACGCACCAUGAACUUCGACGAGAUUUUCUCCUUCUUCCGCGAUAUCACAUCUGGGCUGCAUCAUCUGCAUACCAACGGCUACAUCCAUCGAGACCUUAAACCGUCGAAUUGUCUUUUGCACAACGAUGGCUUAAAGACAUCGGUUCAUGUUUCAGACUUCGGCGAGGUACAAGCCGCUAAUGAGCAACGCACUUCCACAGGUGCAACCGGCACGAUAUCUUAUUGUGCUCCUGAGGUACUACAAAGACAGGGCUCAGGCUUCGGCGAGUUCACGACCAAGUCUGACAUAUUCUCCUUGGGCAUGAUUGUCUACUUCAUGUGCUUUGGCAGACUACCCUAUCAGAAUGCCGAUGCUGCUAACGAUGAGAAUGAAGAUCUCGACAAACUUCGUGCUGAGGUAUCGGCCUGGCAUGGAUUUGAUGAUGUAACCAGAGCGAGGAAAGAUCUGCCGGAGAAGCUCUACAAGUUUUUGAAAAGGCUGUUGAGUCCCAACCCUGCAGAAAGACCAAGUACAGAACAGAUUCUGCAAGCCAUCAAAGCUGGAGGCGAGAUCGACGAUAUACCUAUGAACCCCACCAGGACAGGAGGAGAGAAGUCUCCAGAUCUCAGUAACAUGAGUUCACGUAUCUCUUCGGUUGAUUCGCCAGCGCCAAAGAGGCCCGCGAACUUGUACAUUCAAGAAGCCCACCUCUACAACCCCGCCGCUUCAGCAGAGAUGUAA